AUGGACGCAACUAAUUUUAAUAACGACAAACUUGAAGUGGCCGAAAAGUUUGAAUGUAAUCUUAGUCGGGCCAUGUCAGUAGCGUCAAGGACUCAAACACCACAAAAUAAAAAUUAUUUAAUAACAAAAACUGAAAACAAAACGGCCGAAAAGUUUGAAUGUAAUCUUAGUCGGGCCAUGUCAGUAGCGUCAAGGACUCAAACACCACAAAAUAAAAAUUAUUUAGUAACAAAAACUGAAAACAAAACGGCCGAAAAGUUUGAAUGUAAUCUUAGUCGGGUCAUGUCAGUAGCGUCAAAUACUCGAACACCACAAAAUAAAAAUUAUUUAGUAACAAAAACUGAAAAAAAAACGGCCGAAAAGUUUGAAGAUAAUCUUAAUCGGGUCAUGUCAAGGACUCAAUCGCCACAAACUAAAAAUUAUUUAGCUAAAAAGAGUGGCGGUGGAAUACAAAAACGUGCGUUCGUACCAACAGUACCAAAGCCUUUCAAAUUUUAUACUGAAUUGCGGGCCAGUAAAUCUCGUAAUAAAGAAAAUUCCCCCAAAUCACCACUUUUAGAAAAUCCAACCAGAUUCGAUGCUAAGUCUGGUAAAGUACGUUCAAAUACCUUAACUGUACCAAAAUCUCCGUACUUGCGCAUUAAAGAUAGUAUAUUACCUACAGAAGAACGCGAAAUACCAAAAGUACCAAAGCCAAAGCUGACUGAACCAUAUUCACCGGUCAUAACAAAACCUAAGACACUCCAUGCACAAUCUCUCCUCAAUUUUGAGCCCGAAAUUCAUAGAAAACCUGAAUGUCCUCCACCAACAGAACCAAUUGGUUUUUCUGAUAAUCGUAUAGAAGAACGUCAUAUUUAUGGCGAACACAAAAGAUUCCGAGAGAAGGAAGUUGAGGAACAAAGAAUAGCAAAGAUCAGGAAGGAAGAGCCACUCCAUGCACAACCUCUCCUCAAUUUUGAGCCCGAAAUUCCUAGGAAACCUGAAUGUCCUCUACCAACAGAACCAAUUGGUUUUUCUGAUACUCGUAUGGAAGAACGUCAUAUUUCUGACGAACACAGAAGAUUCCGAGAGAAGGAAACUGAGGAACAAAGAAUAUUAAAGAUCAGGGAGGAAGAGCCUCUCCUCAAUUUUGAGCCAGAAAUUCCUAGGAAACCUGAAUGUCCUCCACCAACAGAACCAAUUGGUUUUUCUGAUACUAUGGAAGAACGUCAUAUUUCUGACGAACACAGGAGAUUCCGAGAGAAGGAAGCUGAUGAACAAAGAAUAUCAAAGAUCAGGGAGGAAGAGGUACGCAAUGCGAUAAAUAUACAACCGUUGGCAAGACCAAUUUCUCCCAUGAUCGGUGAAAAAUACAUGAAAUUGUUGAAUAAUUACGAAUACUCUUUUAGAGAUUCGUUAUUUGAUCUUGAUAAUAUAGAUAACAUCAACGACCCGAUACUUCAUUUAUAUCAAAUAACAGGCGUUUAUGCACUAACGCCAAUUUAUGAAUGCGAGACUACUGAAUGA